GCUUCGGGGCCGGAGCGGCGCCGGGGGGCGGAGUGCGGGCGGAAGUCGGCGUCCGCCCGACCGCCGUCGGGAAGGGAGGGAGGCGCGGCCGGGACACCCGCGGGGAGGGCGCCGCCCCCUCCCCGCCCCGUCUGCGGAGGAUGGAAGUGACGACAGCAGCCGCGGAGGUCACUUCCUGCUGGGGUGGAUGAGGAGGAGCCGGAGACGCCGCCGCGGAGGAGACCGGACCGAAGACGGACCUUGCCGGGGAGAGCAGGAGGGUGAAAAUGAAAGCGGGCUGUAGCAUCGUGGAAAAGCCAGAAGGAGGUGGAGGGUAUCAGUUUCCUGAUUGGGCCUAUAAAACAGAGUCCUCCCCAGGCUCCCGGCAGAUCCAGCUGUGGCACUUCAUCCUGGAGCUGCUGCAGAAGGAAGAGUUCCGCCAUGUCAUCGCCUGGCAGCAGGGAGAGUACGGGGAAUUUGUCAUCAAGGAUCCGGACGAGGUGGCCCGCCUCUGGGGCCGCAGGAAGUGCAAACCACAGAUGAAUUAUGACAAGCUGAGCCGAGCCCUCAGAUACUAUUACAACAAGAGGAUCCUUCAUAAAACAAAAGGGAAAAGAUUUACUUAUAAAUUUAACUUUAACAAGCUGGUGACGCCCAACUACCCGUUCAUCAACAUUCGGUCAAGUGGCGUGGUUCCCCAGAGUGCGCCACCAGUUCCAACAGCCUCUUCCCGGUUCCAUUUCCCUCCUCUGGACACUCAUUCUCCAACUGGUGACGUGCAGCCGGGGCGGUUCUCUGCCAGCUCCCUGACUGCCGGGCAGGAGUUGAGUAAUGGCACUGACAGAAAGGCGGAGCUCUCGGAGCUGGAGGAUGGCUCAACCGCUGACUGGCGCCGGGGUGUAGAUCUCAUGUCCUCCCGGAAUGCUGUUGGUGGAGGAGGAAUUGGCCAUCAGAAACGCAAGCCUGACAUCAUGCUUCCUCUGUUCAGCAGGCCAGGGAUCUACCCUGACCCCCACAGUCCCUUCGCCGUCUCUCCAAUCCCUGGCCGAGGAGGUGUCCUCAAUGUUCCCAUUUCACCAGCCCUCUCCCUGACUCCCACCAUCUUCUCCUAUAGCCCAUCCCCAGGCCUGAGCCCUUUCACCAGCAGCAGUUGCUUUUCCUUCAACCCUGAGGAAAUGAAACACUACCUUCAUUCUCAAGCCUGUUCUGUGUUCAACUACCAUCUGAGUCCCCGGACAUUUCCCCGUUACCCGGGGCUCAUGGUUCCACCACUGCAGUGCCAAAUGCAUCCCGAAGAGUCAACUCCGUUUUCUAUCAAGCUGCAGCCCCCACCAGCUGGGCGCAAGAACCGGGAGAGGGUAGAGAACAGGGAGGACUCGGCACCCGUCACUGCUCCCACCAUGGCGCCUGUGCCCCCAAGAAUUAAGGUCGAGCCAGCCUCUGAAAAGGAUCCUGAGAGUCUCGGGCACUCGGCCCAAGAGAAGGAGGAGCACUCUCCGGAAGAGAGCACUGUGCCAAGCAGGACCACGGAGGAGGGAAAAGGCGCCAUCUUUGCCCGCCCAGAGGCACCACCUGUCUGGCCUCCUGUACCCAUUAGCACCCCAAGCAAAGAACCCCUAGAGGUGACUGAAGACAGCGAAGAUAGGCCCAGCAAAGAGCCCAGUGCGCCUGAGAAGAAAGAAGAUGCCCUGAUGCCCCCCAAGCUUCGAUUGAAGCGCCGCUGGAAUGACGACCCCGAAGCCCGAGAGCUGAGGAAGGACGGCAAGUUCCUCUGGAAUGGGUCCGGACCGCAGGGCCUGGCCACGGCAGCGGCUGAUGCUUAGAACUGCAAGUGGAUUGGGAGCUGUUUAUACUAUAAUCACACACAUGUAUUUAUGUAGCAAGAUUUCGGGGUGGGGGGAGGGAAUUAGCCGGUUUGAUCAUUCUAGUGGCAUAGACUUGUAUUUUUAUGUUUGGGGAAUGGGGUUGGUCAUCUUCUGUUGUAUAAAUUAGGUGAGACAUGAACACACUUUUUUUCCUGGUGGGUAGGACACAGGAAGGGUAUUGGACUGAGAGGCGAAAGGGCCUCUUAUUUCCUGUUGAGGCUGAUACUUUCUGAACAAACUCCCAAAGGGCCAAGACGCUGUUUGGCCCCAUGAUGUUCAGGUUCCAGACUUCUUUCUUUUCUACUGUAUUUAUAUAUAGGAAAGCCAUUAAUGAGUUUAUUUUGCUCGGAGAGUUACAUAUAAAGGAGAAAGGGCAUGGUUGGCAGGUGAGAGACCAUUAAUGCUCAGUAUUUGCCUGAGAUGUUUCUUUGUAAUUAUUUCAGGGGGAGAAUACGAUAUUCUCGGUCUUACUGGGAUAGGGCGAUUGGGGUGUUCAGAUGUUGCUUUUUUUCUUCUUUCCUUCGUUGUUUGGCAUUUUUUUCUUUUCCUCUAAAAAAUGUUUUCAGGAAAAUGAAACAUACUGCCAGUUAGAGUGGGCAGGCACUGAACCUGGCUGUGUGGUGGCGACAGUAAGCCAUGCUGUGAAUUUUUUGGACUUUUCACCUUCAUCUGUUAAGAAGCCAUGAGGAGUUGUAAACUCUUAUUCAGGGAGGAAAGAAGAGGGCAGGAGGAAGUAACCCAACGCCUUUACAAACAAAACAAACACAAAAAUGACCUUUGUUUUUCCUUUUCCAUCGUGGGUCUGGAGAGCCAAACCAGAAUAUGGCUGUAGCGAGUUCACGGAGAGGCAUGACACUGAUGAAGUUGUGUUUUUGUUGUCUGGCUCUCUCGCCAUUUUCUUAAGUCAAGCCUUAACAGUGAACAUACUUUAACAUGAUACGGGUCUGUCAAAAGAAACCUAUAGAAGGACGUGAACAACUUGUCAGAUAAUCCCAAGAAUUUCAAAGCACCAUUAAAUUUUGAGCUAAUACUUAGUCAUCCUCUCUAGAUGUUUUUGGGAUGGAUAGUAAAAAGGCAGGAUUAUGGGAGUGAAAGACAGAUGAUACCUAGAAAUGCAGAAGGUAGCUGGGGGUACAAGUGGAGGCUUAUUGAACCUGAAGGAAUAGUUAGAUAACGAAAGCAACCAGAUGUCAAAAGGCCUGAUAUGAAUGAAAGUUGGUGUCUGCCCUGUUGUGGCAUUACCAUUCUAGCCAUACCAUUUCCCUAGCCUAUUCUAAUAUUCGUGAUUAAUUAACUAUCCUAUGUGAGACUCCAGUUUACAGACUAUGAGGAAUUGUUCCAUUAACUUCAAAGGGAUGGGAAAGUACUGGUUUUCUAUGAAGGGGAAGGAUCCUGGACCAGAGGCAGAGAGAGAAGCCACAGCCAGCUCUGCAUGCAUGUGCCCAUGUAACUCUAGUGUGUGGGAAUAUCUAAUUGUGGCUCAAAUCCACCUGGCAGCAGGAAGAGAAGUAACUCCAUAUCUGAGAGUAGUAAGGAGUGGGCACAGGGAUAUUGUCUAGGAAUGGAGAAAUUCCUGACUCCACCUUAACUAAGUGAACUAAGAAGCAUUGGAGGGUUGUCUUCCAAUGUUGGCAGGUGGCUGUCCUUUUUUAAAGGAGAGCAUGCAUGAGGGGCCCAGGGAAGGUUAGAGCAUGUGAGUGAGUUACUAGGUGGUUUGGGAUGACAGAGUCCAUCAUGCAGAUUUUGGGGGCAAGUGCCCUCCCCCUUGUUUAAUUCAAAUUCCAUGAGUAACCUGUCUUUCCCUGGGAAACGGACUGACAGCGGUCCCUAAGGACUCAGGCUUUGGUCAGGCUGCGAAGGGCUGUCGUUCAAGGGAUCUUCGGUUGGUUAUGUUUUCAUCAGUUACUUUCUCUGCACCUCAACUUACCUCUAAUCGGAAAGAAGCCCGGGCAUGUGGAGAAGGUAUGUCUUCUUGUCAUUGCCCAGUCUAACCAGGGAGGCUGGCUGGCCACCCUCCCUGCCCACUAGAGGGGAGGGCCAGCAGGUGUCGGUAUUAACUCAGGAAUAGAAACAUGAGGCCUUUUAAUAAGAGGGAAAGAAAUCCAUGUGCAUACCUGUAACCCCCCUAGAACCCAAGUGCCAGAAUUCCUAGAUGCUGCUUCUGUUUGAACAAAAAGUCAAUGCUUUUACACUUGAAAAAAAAAACAUUCAAAAAAUGUCCAAUUCCAUGGAAAUGUUUUUGGCUUUAAGAAAUUAUUUGGUGUUUAACUGUUUCCUUUGCCAUUCCACCAGUAAAUUGUUGGUCAAUUUGCACUGCACACUGGGGUUGGGUGGAGGGGAGGGUCCUUUAUAAACAGAGCCAAACUUUGGCUUGCUCAGGAAGUGGACCAGGGAAUGAGGAGGUGGGUCUUCCUGGGGUGAGAGGGUGGGAGUUUUCUCCCCUUCCUCUCCCCCCCCAGCCUGCUCCUGGCAGCACCUGUCACCAGCCUGGCACAAAGCCAGCCUUUACUUUUCUGUGAGCAUCUUAUCACUGUCCAACAGCAGAUAGAAAAAAGGGGGGGUAAAACCAGACCUAUUUUCUCCCCCAGUUUUUUUGAAUUUGCUGUGCCAAAUGUUUAAAACUUUACAAAUAUGAAUCUUGAAGUCUUAUAAUCAAGAAUUUGUUCAUGCAGUUUGCUUUUUUUUUUUUUUUUAACUAUUGAAAAGAGACAAUAGUAGAGGUCAAUCUUAAACAAUUCACCAGUCCCUUCACCCCCCCUCCCCAUUUUCAAGCUGCACUGCAUUAAACCCAACUCACUAAUACAGGGAAUUACUGCACCCUAGUCCUCCAUGGGCCAAGAAACUUUCAGAAGCAUUAAAAAUAUAGUUGUAUUUCACUUCUCACCAAGUGGGUAAGAGUGAGUUGGCUAUUUGUCCCUUUUUAUU